AUGGGUUUUUCAACAGAAGGUAAGUGCUUUGAAUGUUUUUUUUAAAUUUAAAUAUACGUGAAAGUUAAAAAUUUUUGAAAAAAUCUACAAUACAACAUUAGUUUCGUCGCAAAUUUUUAGUGAUUAGGUCAUAGACUAGCACUUUCAUUGUAUAUUUUAUAAGGGUCUAUUUGAUAAUAUAAAAACCAUUUCCGGGCGAUAUUAACCUAACAUGUAAGGAAAAAGAAAACAACGUUUAACACUAUAGUUGUUUAAGUAGAGUCUUAAUGUAAAAGCCUAAUGAUGUCUUUACCCAUAAUGUACAAGCCAUACACUUUCUAAUAUAAAACUCAAAAUUUUGAUACUAUUUACAUUGAUAUAAUAUUAAAUUGUUCACUUAAUUCUGCGCCCCAUUUCAAAGCAAAUUCGUGAUGUAAAUAAGCGCAGAAUUAUGUGAACAAUUUAAUUCAAUAUACUUUUAUCUUCCUCAUUUUUAGAAGUAGAAAAACUUCUACAAAUUGUUGAAAAACGUCAAGAUCAUGGUUUUGAAAACAAAGAUUUGGACGAAAUCGCUUCUACAUACGCCGAAAACGCCGUCUUGAUCCACAAAGAUAACAGUGUUGUUCGCGGAAAUAAAGGUAUUUUAGAUAUAUGUUGUUUUUUGACAUUUUUUAGUGAUUGCUAAACAAAUUUAUCACUCGUCUCAGAAGCCAGCGUAUUUUACAUAUAAUGUUGACUUACUAUUAUAUAAACAAAAAUAAUUUAAAUAUUGGACUUUUAAAAUAUGACUUAAAAUAUUGUUUAUACAUUUUAAAAAGCAAAAUCCACUUCCAAAAACUAAUUUUACCAGCUAAAAUACGGAAUUAUUUUUAGCCAUUGCUGACAGUUUUGCCGCCUUCUUCGGAGUCAAGUUCGAAGUCGAGAAGAACGCAGCUUAUGACAUUAACAAGGGUGAAUAUUUGAUGAGAAAGGGCCGUUUCCGUCUUCCAGGCAAGGAAUGGUUCAAUUUCAUGCAACUUCAUGAGAAACAACUUAACGGAGAGUACCUCAUCAUUCACGACGAGUUCGAAUUCAAACAAUAA